CCCCCCCCCCAAAAAAAAGAAGAGAAGAGGGGGGGAAAUACAAGCAACAGCCCCCCCCCCCUGCUGUUGGAAGCGGAUCGCAGACAGGUGGGGUGCGGAGACCCGGCUGCUCUGAAGGCGGAGCUGGCUGCAGAGGGGCUCUCCCCGGGAGGAUCGGGCCGUGUCCCGGCGCCCCAUGGCGGCCGGCAGUGAUGCCCCCGCAGCCCCGCCACCCGCCCGGCUCGCUCGCCUCAAACGCUCCCGCCGUUCGGCGUUCCGCCCCCCCGUCGCGCCGCGGCUCAAGGCCCAGGCGCGGCUGCUCCCCCGCCGGCCCCCGGAACCGGGGGGAGCUGCCCCAGCCCCCCGCCCACCCUCCCCGGCCCCGGCGGCCCCCGCCGGCGACCCCUACGGGGAGAGGGUGGAACUGGCGCUGCGGGAGGCGGAGGCGGCUCCGGAGCCGAGCCCCGAGGCCGGGCCCGGGUGCGAGGAGCUGACCUUGGACCACCUGCUGGAGAUCGUGGCCCAGCUGGAGUACCACACCCACCCCGAGGACGGGGUCCACAUCUGCCCCCACUUCCUCCUGGGCUGCUGCUUCUCCGGGGCCCAGUGCCCCCAGCACCACACCCUGCUGCCCUUCCACUGGCAGCUCUGGCAGAGCGCCCGCCUCCCGCCCGGCUGGCUGAGCGUGGGGCCCGAGGCCCACGAGACGCUGGAGCGGCUCUACAGCGACCCCGAGCGCACCCACGUGCGGGCCUCCUACCAGGGCGUCACCUUCGACAUCGACCUGGUGGCCAUGCAGGUGUGGAACAGCCCCAGCUUCACCCGGGUCCGGCGCCUCGAAACCUCGCCCGCCCCCGGCACCCCCUUCCGCACCACGCGGCUCUACUACUGGAAGGCGCUCGGCGGCUGGGAGCCCUACAGCGAGCCCUUCGCCCAGAGCAUCGAGGCGGCGCUGCGGAGCGGCCAGCAGGAGGCGCUGUGCAGCACGGCCGAGCACAGCUACCGGCUUGACCUGCGGGCCGGCUACCAGCGCAACCUGGCCACGGGCACCCUGCGCCCCCUGCGGGCCCGGCCCGCCUUCCGCGCCCCCGCCCUGCUGCUGCCGGAGCUACGGACGCUCUCCGGCAGCCUGUACCCGGGCCCCCCGCCGGCCCCGGGGCCCCCCCCGGCCCCGCCCUACCCCGAGACCUGGGCACCGCUGGCCCCCGGGCAGGACUGGCACCAGGCGCCCGUGGGGGUGGAGGAGCGCGGCUUCCGGCUCAUCUACGGGCUCUUCCACAAGAGCCUCCCCGAGGCCCGGUACCGCCUGGAGAGGGUGUGGAGGGUGCAGAACCCCUUCCUGUGGGACAAGUACAAGCGGAAGCAGAGUCACAUGAGCCGGCAGAUGUCCCCGGAGCAGCGGCUGCGGAAUGAGCGCCAUCUCUUCCACGGCACGUCGGCGGGCGCGGUGCCGGCCAUCUGCAAACACAACCUGGACCCCCGGCUGUCGGGGAAGCACGCCGCCCUCUACGGGCAGGGCAGCUACUUCGCCCGCCGCGCCAGCUACUCCCACCGCUACGCGCCCCCCACCGAGGCCGGCCUGCGCCACGUCUUCCUCUGCAAGGUGCUGGUGGGGCGCUCGGCCAUGGGGCAGCCGGCCCUGCGCCGGCCCCCGCCCCUGGACGCCGGCGACCCGGCCAGCGACCUGUACGACUCGUGCGUGGACAGCCUGAGCGACCCCCAGAUCUACGUGGUCUUCGACAGCGACCAGUGCUACCCCUACUUCCUGCUCCAGUACCGCCAGCUGGAGGAGGUGGUGAAGGUGGACUGAGCCGGGGGAGGAACCCAGGCGUCCUGCUGUGGCUCCCCCCCCUUACCCCCCGGAUUCUCCUGGCUGCGGAGUGAGGGGGAAAGAACCCAGGUGUCCUGCUGCGCUCCCCCCCCCCCCCCCCCCCCCCCGGAUUCUCCUGGCUGCGGAGUGAGGGGGAAAGAACCCAGGAGUCCUGCGGCUGCCCGCACCUCCGCUGCAGAGUGAGGGGGAAAGAACCCUGCUGCCCCCCUGGAUUCUCCUGGCUGCAGAGUGAGGGGGAAAGAACCCAGGAGUCCUGCGGCUGCCCCCCCACCUGGCUGCGGAGUGAGGGGGAAAGAACCCAGGAGUCCUGCGGCUGCCCCCCCGCCCAGCUGUGGAGUGAGGGGGAAAGAACCCAGGAGUCCUGCGGCUGCCCCCCGGCCCGGCUGUGGAGUGAGGGGGAAAGAACCCAGGAGUCCUGCGGCUGCCCCCCUGCCCGGCUGCGGAGUGAGGGGGAAAGAACCCUGCUGCCCCCCCGGAUUCUCCUGGCUGCAGAGUGAGGGGGAAAGAACCCAGGAGUCCUGCGGCUGCCCCCCCACCUGGCUGCGGAGUGAGGGGGAAAGAACCCAGGAGUCCUGCGGCUGCCCCCCCGCCCGGCUGUGGAGUGAGGGGGAAAGAACCCAGGAGUCCUGCGGCUGCCCCCCUGCCCGGCUGCGGAGUGAGGGGGAAAGAACCCUGCUGCCCCCCCGGAUUCUCCUGGCUGCAGAGUGAGGGGGAAAGAACCCAGGAGUCCUGCGGCUGCCCCCCAGCCCGGCUGUGGAGUGAGGGGGAAAGAACCCAGGAGUCCUGCGGCUGCCCCCCCGCCUGGCUGCGGAGUGAGGGGGAAAGAACCCAGGAGUCCUGCGGCUGCCCCCCCGCCUGGCUGCGGAGUGAGGGGGAAAGAACCCAGGAGUCCUGCGGCUGCCCCCCCGGAUUCUCCUGGCUGCGGAGUGAGGGGGAAAGAACCCAGGAGUCCUGCAACUGCCCCGUAGACUUUCCGGCUCUGUGCUCAAGGGGGGACGGGGCUGUGCCCCCCAGGAGGGGAGGGGGGGGUGGACACAGGGACGUUCCGUGGAAGGGGCCAGCCCAGGUGUGAUUGGUCUGGGUUGGGUCCAGCAGGAAGUGAUGUCAUUCUACAGCAGGCAGUGAUGUCACUGGACCCGACCUAGCCAUGCAGGGCCAAGCAGGAAGUGAUGUCAUGCUACGGGCCCCAGCAGGAAGUGACGUCCACCAAUGGGCUUGCAGGCCUUGACAUCAUGGAUGAAGGCUACACCUGGCCAUGAUGUCAUUACAGAGCCAACCAAUGGGGCGCAGCGACUGGGAGUUGCCUCAUUUGACCCUGGGAGGCCCCGCCCACUCUUACAAACCGGAUUCUGAUUGGGCGUAAACUGAGUCAACAAAGCAUGGCCAGCAGGAGCCCCUCCCACUUUGCCAAACCGGCUCCCGUUUGGCAGAGAGGGCAGCGGCGCUGGGCUCGAACCCGGGGCCUGCCUGCAGGCAUCUCCUGCUGCUGCUUUAAUAAGGGGGGCUGGGGCUGUUGUAGGGCCCAGGCUGGGAUCUGGCCCCAUUGCCCCCCAGCAAUAAACCAGGCGCGGAGCCCA